AUGAACUUAGAGUCCAAUGGUUUUUAUACACAAAUUCAACCAGGUACUGGUUCUUUUGAAGUGAUUGAAUCUCGACAUGUAUUAUUAUCUGGAUUGGUGUACAUCGAUGAUAGUAACCAUCUUAUUAGCCCAGAACCACCAACAGAUUAUGAAGUUAAUAUUGAAAAUGAAUGGAUAUCAGAUAAUGAAAUAUAUAAAGUAUUUUCUGAAAAUAAUAUUAAUUUCUCAACUCCUUAUUGUACCAUUCAAAAAAUCCUUAUUCGAGAUAAAGGUUUCUUGGCAAAUAUAUUUUGGAAAAACGAUCUUAACAUCAAUCUCAACUCGAUGAUGCAGUUAAAAAUGUUUGCUGAUCUUCAAUCACGUCAUGACUUACCUUUGCUUCCAUCUUGGUUUAGAAGUUUAGUUAUCGAUAGUGAAAUAAUCAAAAAUAUUAAUCAUGGAUCGAUGGUUUAUAUUACAUUUGAUACUCGAACUAAUGUCAUUAGAGGGCCUGGGAUAGAAAUUGAAACUUUAAAGACAUCCAUUUUUCCAACAAUUGAUCCAAUGCCUAUAAAUUUGAAUAUUCAAAAAGUACAAUUUAUUGAACAACCUUAUCCUAAAAUUCAAAAUUUUGUGCAGUUUUUAAGCAUUUGUGUGCAACUGGUCAAAAAUACGGUACACUCGCCAUCAAAGUUAAAAACAAAAUUAAAAAUUAAUGAUGCUUUAUUUGUAGAAUCAUUUAAAAGGGUUUUUGAAAUACAGCCAUUUUUAAAGGCAGAUGUUGAAGAAUACCAUUCAAAUUUUCAAAUAACAGAUUUAGCAUCCAAUCAUGUAUUACUUUUGGUAACUGAAUAUUUAAACGAAAAAUUAAAUAAAGAUAUAAAAAAUUGCGCAGGAAAAGUAUUUGUUUUGAUAAAGAAUUCAAUUGUUGAUGAUACAUAUACCACAGUGGUUCAAUAUGAGCAUAAUGGUUCUAUUUAUCGUCUAAUAACAAGACUAGUGAAAUUACCGAACAAAAUUUUGGAGGUUAGCACUAAAAACAGUUCAUGGACAGAUAACAUAGAACAAGGACUUAAAUUAUUAUCUAGUAACGUUUCGCCAAUAGUUUUGAUUAAAAAUGAUUCAGAAAAUUCAUUGCAAGUGGUGCAAAAAAUUGAAAAUAUCAAAUCUAUGAUUGAUUUUAGAUAUGUCAUACUUUACGACGGUGUAAAAUUGUUUGAUUUGACCAAGAACUUCUUCAGGGAACAACUAUUUAAAGGGUUAAGGCAAAACAUAUUAAAAAAUAACAGCUGGGGAAGUUAUACCAUACUUCCUUGUAUGGAUAAUCUUUCUACAGAGUUAAAUACUAAUGAGUUGCAAAAAUAUGUUAAUCCCGAAAGUGAAUUCUCCAUCAAGUAUAUAGGAUCUUUUAAAACAAAUUUAAUGGAAGAUGAAGUAUGUACUCAAUACUCGGGUAUAGACAAUGAAGGAAAAAGUAUAAUGGGUAUUUUAAAAUAUAAAUGUAAAAAUAAGCGAUACGAAAUCGAUAAUAUUCUAAAGUGGUAUGUAGAUUCUGAAAUGACCUUGGAAGAGUCAGUAAUGUGUCCAUUAGCUUACUCAAUGGCUUACUAUUGUAUUGUAAGCAAAGCACGUGUUAAAUUUGGAGAUUCAAUUCUUAUACAUAAUGGGUGUUCACAAGAUGGACAAGCAUUUAUAAGAGUUGCCCUUGGUUUUAAUUGUAAGAUCUACGUAACUACAUAUAAUAAUGAGCAAUCUGACUUUAUAAAAAGUGUAUUUCCAAAGUUGAGUAGCGGCAACAUACUAGAUCUCAAUAACAGCAAGUUUGAAAUACAGCUAAUGAGUUUAACAAAGGGAAAAGGAUGUGACAUCGUCAUCAAUGCUAUACCAACUGAAUUCCUGUUGGCUUCUCUUCGAUGUGUUAAACCGUUUGGCUCAUUUAUACACAUAGGUUCACAAGAUGUGAACGUGCAUACAGAAAUUGGCAUGAAUAUGUUUUUAAAAAAUAUUUCAUUAUACGGUGUACAAGACUUAUUAAACAUAGUUAAUUCUCCUAUCGAAACCAAAAACCAUCUGAGGCAGCUUGUUGAAAAUGGUAUCAAGGAUAAAAUAGUUAGGAAAUUAUAUGAAGAAAUAUCAAAAACAAAUAAAACAUCUACUAACAAUGUCCAUAAUUCAAUGAAACUAAUUGAAACAAAUAACUCAGAUCAUAGUUUUGUUAAAAAAGAAAUGGCAUACAUAAUUAUUGGUUCUGCGACGAAUUUAUGGAUUAAAACAGUUAACUGGCUUCUUCAACAAGAGGCAAAAAAAUUGAUAUUUAUCAUUGAUGGUACCAACUCAGUAAUGAGAAGGAGUCAAAGAACUAUAUAUUCACUAAUUCAAAAGUACUCCGAUGUUUCGUUUAUCAUGACUUCGGCUGAAAGGUUUAAUACUACAAAAGAGGGGGAAACAUUGCUACGGGAAUUCGUAUCAUAUUCAAAAAUUGAAGCUUUGUUUUGUGUAGAAACGAGUGACACAAAAUUGAAGAACAUUGAUAAAGCUUGUAGAAAUGUUUUACCAGACUUAAAACAUUUCAUAUGCAUGCAGAGUGAUGCGAUCGAAGUCUGUGAAUCAAGAAGCAACGCAAAUUAUAAUUGUAUAAACGUGCAGUGUGAUAAAUCCGUUCGAAAACCAGAAAUCAUAUUAAAGUACAUGAAUAAAUUGGUGGACACUGUAAAUGAUUCUAAGCCCAUUUCUGUAAUUUUUGAUGAUCCGUUAAUAUCUGAACAUGACAACUUUGAUUCAACCUCAGAAUAUUUACCAAAAACCAUCAAAGAAUUACUUGACCUUAAUAUAGAUUUGCCAGAAUAUCCACGAUUUGAACAAUGUACAUCCAAAAGUAUUCCAAAUACUGGUAAUAAUAGUCUAUUACCAGUGUUCAUUAUUCCUGGAUUAGGAGUUUCGAGGAUACAACCUUUAAUCAAUCAAAUUAUGCAUCCAGUAUUUUGUGCUAAAUUUCCGUCGUACAUUAACUCGAUCGAAAAUGCAGCGCUAGGUUUACUAUGGCCUUUGAAACAAAUUCAAUUGGAAGGACCAUUCACGAUUGUCGGCGAAACAUGGGGUGGAAAUAUUGCGGUGGAGCUUGCAAAGAUAAUGGAAGGAUUUGGUGAAACCGUCAAUCUUUUAUUACUGGAUGGCUGUCCAUCUGAUAAUAAAAAGCGUUUAAAACUUGUAGAUAACUUCGAUUUUGAACAAUUGAGUGGAAAUUUGGAAGCAAAGGAAAAAAUUAAUAGUUCGAUAGACGUGCUUAUGAACCAAUUAAGUGCAGUAAGAGAUUUCAUUCCUAAUAAUACUCAACUUGCAGCGAAUACGAUCAUCGCUAGACCAUCUACUUCGGAUAUUUUGGACUCCUGUAUUAACUUUGAAAAAAACCAUUGUGGCAAAUUAACAGUACACAUUUCUAAGAAGUCAUCGUACAUUGAAUUUAUAAAUAGUUUAGAAGCUGCUGCUAUUAUAAAUGAAAAUGCAUCGUUUAAGUGGUAG